AUGGCGAGCCACAGAGAAAAACUACCUAAUUUAAAAAUAUGUCUCGAUAAUACUGAGGAGAAUAAUGACAUUGACGAAGAAUUGUCCAUCGACGAUAGCAUUAGUGAUGAAGAGGAUGUCGUCGUUCAGCCAAAAAUAGUAGCAGAUGAUAAAACGGAAAACGUCGAGUUUAAUGUAAAACUGACAGGGAUCCAGUCUGAAGUCAAACAGAAGUCUAAAUUUAAACCUGAGUUUCCCAAGAAGUAUGAGAAUAAAACUGGUAACUUCGUCACUGGGAUUGACAUCACUUCAAAGGAAGCUCAGGAGAAGAAGAAAGAGCGAGCCCAGAGGUUUGGUCUUCCCGUGACCAAUGAAGAGGAAGCGAAGAUCAACUUGACGGCACUCUAUACAAGCCUUGGUAUAAAAGAGGGUGAUCUCCACAAAGAUGAGAGGGGAAUUCGACUGGAAGCGAUACACCUGCGGGGCACUGACAACAUGAGUACCCAGGAUGUGUUCAAGUACUUCGGCGACUUCGCACCUGGAGCUGUGGAGUGGAUUGACGAUUCAUCAUGUAAUGUUGUCUGGCUGGACACAGUGACAGCAGCCCGGGCCAUGAUGAAGCUGAGUUACGGUGACGAGACUGCCAACAGCCAGUUGGAGGACCGCAGAAAGUCCAGGAAACACAAAUCUUCACCACUCAGUACAGAAGAGCAUAAACCAGAUGAUGUUGAAAUGGAGGAUGCUACUACCACACCAAAACCAGGAGUCUUACCAAAAGACGUCGACACUGAAACUAAACCAGACGAACCAAAGACUGUGACCGAAGACCAGCAGAUGGAAGUGGAUGAGGAGGAUGAUGAACUGGAUCUCUGUGCCGAUGAUGAACCAAAACCGAAACCAAAAGAGACCACUGAGCCAGUCGUCACGCAGGAGGGACAGAACCUGCCUCCUGAUGACUCGGAACCAAAAGACGAGCGCUCGCACAUCAAGAAAAACCAGACAGCGGACGAUGACAGUGACAGUGGGGUGGAGGAUAAUCCGUCUGACAGAGAUGAUGAGUCGGAUGAUUGUUCAGAUCACGAUGAUUCUUCAUACAAGAAAACUCAGAAUGAUGUCAAAAGCAAAACUGAUGAUUCAGCGACGAAGAACAGUGAUGGAGAGGAUAAUGGUUCUAGAACAAACAGGUCAAUAUCCUGGCCUCCAGGGAGGUGGCGACUUGGUAUUGAAUGCCAAAAGGCCAGGUUUCUUUUUAUGCGAUUUGCAACAAAAGCCGACAAGAAAAUUCCUGGAGCUGAAAAGAAAAGCAAAUACUAUCAAAAGUAUGGGAAUCCGAACUAUGGUGGUAUGAAAGGCCUUAUUAGUGGGACAAGAAAACGAAAGUACCGAUACAGCAGAUACAGAGAUGAAAUUGACGAAGCCCAUGACGCUGUUGUCUCUCACCGGUUGUCAAAGAAGAACAAUGAUGAUGUUGUCAAAGCUGAUGAUGCUGCUGAUGAUGAGCCAGAGGAAGGAGAGAUUGUAGACAGCGGUGAUGAACAGGAGGCUGCUGUUAGUACAAAGAUUAGUCCACUUAACCGCAGUGCCGAUGACGUUAAAGAGAAAGAUGAAGAUGAUGAGCUGGACAUGGAUGCAGAACUAGAACAACUUCUUGGAUCUCCACCCAAGAAAAGAACAAUGAGGAUGUAUGCUGAUGAUGAGGAAGAACAGCUCAAGGCAAAGAGAAUUGCCAGAUCAGGUGUUUUCACCAUCACAGCCGACAUUCAGGAUUCCAAGUCAAGCAAGCAAAGGUUUGGCAAAAUAAAAGAUGCCCGUGAACUCAUCAAACAAGCUGCUUCAAGACCGAAAUUCAUCAGUGACUCCAACCACCUUGGUUCCAACGACUUGCGUGCCAGACUUCUCAACAAAAGGAAAAACCGUGUUAACUACCAUUCAGAGUCUGACGACGAUGAUGACAAUGGUGAUGAUAUCAGUAGAACUGAUCUUCGGUCAAGGUUGACAGUUACUCGGACGCGAGAUGUAGAAAGUCCAGGCAGCAGUUAUUCUUUUUCUGCAGCUAAGCACACUACUAAGUCCACCUGGAGUGAAUUGUCGCGUGGCGACCCGGGCCGAAAUGGACGGGCUGAUGAGAGCGGGGGACGAACACUCGUCAAGUAUGAGUCGGAUUCCGAUGAUGAUCUGAGACUUGGUGCCGUUGUCAGGACAACCAGUGACAAUUCAGAGUCUUCGUCCAACGAACAGGAUAGCAGGACAAAGAAAUCGAGGACUAGGUCGUCCGAUAGUUCAGAGGAAAACAAUAUGAGUGAAAGUGAAAGUAGCAGUGAUGACAACAGCCGUGUCAGAAACAGCGAUCUCAGAUCUAGACUUGGAAGUAGGAGAAAACCAAAUUCAGAUUAUCCGUCAAUGAGGAUAGAAGUUCUGGAUUAAGUGAAAAUGGAAAAUUCUAAUUGAGGAUUAAGUAAAAAUGGAUCAUACUGGUUGGUGGGGGGGGGGGGGGGGGGGGGGGGGGGGGGAAUGAAGAACAUUUUUAAUCCAGGGUGAGGAUCAAUGGAAAUAGCAAUCCAAGAUAUCAGUAAAACAACUGAAUAAAUAUACAUGCCAAGCAAAAAAACCAGUUGUAAAAAUUAUUAUAGUUAUUUGAAAUAACCAUUUCUUAAAAAUAAAAACAAAUAAAUUGAAAUGAAAAUUUAUGGGUACUGUACAAUAUUAUCAACUUUUACAAUGAUUUCACUUUUAAAUUACACCAUACUUAAAUGUUUCAGAUUAAAAUGUCAGUUUUUCUGUCUUCAUGUUUCUGUAGCUCCAAAUUUAUUUGAUGCCAAAAUGUCCUCAUAAGCAGGAAACAUUUUCAUUGUGUGUAUUUGUAUGGUGUGUGUUGUCACUCUGUAUGUUUGUCCAAUAAAUAAAACAUUCCUCUCUU